GAGCAUUCUCAUUCGCAUUCCUACAAAUUCCGGCGACGGAGUGCCUCUGCACUUACCUCCACAAGGAACAAAUUCAAAUUGCGUAUUAGGGUAAAGCACUCCUGAUUAAGAUUAUGUGCUGCCUCCCUUGCUGCGGUCCGUUGGGGGCUGCUCCGCCGAAACUGCGGUGUUUAGCCUACCUCUUCGUCGUUGCCGCGGUGCUGCUGGAUUUCAUUCUGCAGUUUCCGGUGACCUACAAGAAUUUUGCGUACUUUCACCACAACGUGGUCCACGACAAUGUGGACACACUGUACCGGAAGCCGAAUGUUGUACAAACCGCAGGUGAAGAUGGCACAGGAGCUUCAUCAGCCUCGUCCCAGCAGACCUUUUGGUCCAGCAUGAAAAAGUUCUUUACUGACAAGGCCAACCUGGUUUCCGAAAAGCUGAAAUACCUGACCGGCAACCGGGUUUCGCUGUUAAAGGCGAAGAAAAACGAUAGCGCGAAGAUCACGGUGCUGAUCAAUCAGUUCCAGCGGCCCUCCUGCUUGCGGAAGCAGUUGCGGGUGCUGCGUCGGUGCUCGAUCGUGCACUCGAUCUACGUAAACUGGUUCGAUUUGAAGAACCCUGUUCCGUCCAGCGUGCAGGACUUCAUCAGAGGCAGUGAGGACAGCGACGAAUUUACCAGUUCAUCUGGAGGUACCUCCGGAACAACUUCGACAAAAGGCGAGGGUGAGUUUGUCGAGGAGCUGGAAACCGAGCCGGAAUACCGCAUCUUUCCGCCAAGCCGACUCUUAUCCGAGGAGGAGCAGAAUAAUAGCAAGAUCGACAGGAGGAUGAACUACUACGAAGAACAAGAUGGGACCACGGCAGCUGAUAUGGCCGACAAAGAAGUAAAGGCAAAAACCCCUAAAGUAGUAGUAGAAGAUUUCUAUGCGGAGAAGCGGAUGACCAGCUCCAGCCGGGCGAAAAAAAACAAAAAGCGAGGCCAGAAAGCCGCUUCUUCGGACAUCAACCAAAAAAAAAAUCCUGAGAAAGGAGCAUCAAAGAAGGCCCCGUACCGAUUGACAGAGAAGUUUCGACCGCAUCUGUUUCCUACAGACGCGGUUUUUGUCACCGAUGUCGACAUGUUUUACUCCUGCCACGCACUUCAGUUUGCCUACAACGUCUGGUCGCAGUACAAUGAAAACGAAGUGGAAGAUAUAGGAAACGUCCGCGCGGCACGAACAAGGAUGCUAGAAGCGGCGGCACCUAGCACAGCUGCCACGGCGAGUCCGCCAACAGCAGCGCCAACUGGUGUACCGCCUCCAGCAGCAGCCUCUGUAGCUGCAGCUCCAUCCGAAAUAAAACCCGUCGCUGCGGCGCCAGUGCCCGACGUUGCAAAGGCGAUCGCUGCGCAGACUGCGGCGGUAAAUGCAGUCGCGCAGGCAACGAAGGCGGUCGUAAAACAGAAUUUGGACGCUCUUGCAGCGGCGAAGAACACAGCUAAUAUGGACCAGGUGAAAAUCCAGGCGGUGCAUCGGGAUCCGCACCCCACGAUCUCGCAGUUCGUCAAAGCGGUGGGGUUUCAUCCAAGGUACUUGUCCCGCAUAUGCAUUGCAAAAGUAUCGUACUAGUGCGAGUAGCAUGACAAAUAACAAAUAUAAUGGCAAUGCAGUUUGUACCGCUGUUACUGUCAUGCAUGACAGCAAUGAGUACGAGUUUACGAUGCUUUUGCAUUCGAUGCCGCACCGCUAGUUACGAUUGGUCGCUGAGUUACCGACACUCCCAGAAGUUCCUGCACAAUACCAUUUUUGUCACCAAAGGGGCGCUGAUUCACAAAGAUUUGUUUUCCGAUUUUUUCAAGCCAGAAUACGAGAGUUUGAGGCAGCUCGUGGACCGGGAAUUCGCGGGGGCAGAUUUGCUGAUGAGCUACGUGCUGGCGAUGGAGUAUUUUUUGUUUUUGAAGCGUCUUUUUCAAGAAGUGCACUUAGAUGAAAAACGCUAAAAUCCGCCCUGCACCACUGCAACCUGGAACAAAAUACAAUCACAACUACUUCAGAUACGGCCCCCACGCCUUCCGUGCGCUCUGUCCGAAAGAGAACUACCACCUCGCCACCGCGGAGUCCUGUUCCGCCAAUCGGCGGCCGAGCAACGUGUUCGCGCCGGUGCCGACGGGUGUUGAGGAUACGAUCGAUUACGCGUACGACGCAGAAGCGGACAUGCUGCUGGAGUACAAUUCCGUCGGGCUGCGGAAGGCGAAACUGUCGUGGCGGCUCGCGUUCGAAAAAAGGCGGAUGAUCAAGCGGAUCUUUGGAACGCAAAAACGAAACUAUCUGAACAAGAACGUCAGGCAGCUGGAAGUCGGUGCUCCUAACGCCGAGAUUAUUGGGGCGUUGCAUUCAUCUCCGCCAAGUUCUUUCAAAGCUGAAGCCGGAAGGUCGACGGCUGCAAGUAGAAGUAGUCCCGAGGGACGAGAAAUAAAAAAGGAGAAUACAAGAGGCAGAGUGGCGGAACUACUAGGAUUACACGACUUUUCUGUUCAAAAAGAACUACCUCAAGCGUCGAAAAUAAAGGCACAAAGCACCACUACACCAGAUGAAACACAAGAAAGCCGAGAAGAUGAAAACUAUCCUCGUUCCCUUUCCCCGGCGGGUUUUGCGUCGACUGCCGGGUCGGCAGUGGCGCACGCCGCAAGCCGCGUCCCGUCGCACGACUCGGUGGACAGUGUGCUGGCGCGUGCGUUUCAGGGGCCCCCGGGGGCCUAUACCCGCAGUAAGGACGAGGAGGGAUUUGUAUUACAAUGAAAAAUGCCCCCAACCCAGAAUUUGCAAAAGUUUCUCAUGCAAAGUUCCCAAAUAAAAGCUUUUUGUCUUGCAUGAAAGGACUACGAGCCUUUCUGAUGCAGAAUGUAGUUGCGCAAGGUAACUUUUGCGCACGACAGAUCAGGCUGCUGUUGGGCCGCUUUGCAACACAAAUUUGAGCUAUUCAGCAUGGAAAAUUUGUGUAUGGAUAUGCAAAACGGGGAGUGUUAUUCCAUUGGAAAGGUUUGCAAUACAAAUGCUGCGAAGUUUAUCUGGGGUGGGGGCAUUUUUCACUUUCGUAAUUUGCGCUCAAGUCGAAGGUCUCCGAGUUCCAGACGUACUACGCAAACAGCGUCAUUUGGGAAAGGCAAACCAGGUAUCGAUGAAUGUUGUUGAAGAGUGUUUGUGUUGUAAUGAUUCUACUGAUGUUGGACGAUAAUCUUCAUCCCUCCCGACAUCCUCCCCUUCAGUACUUUGCUUGUGCUUUAAGUGGAAAAAAACGAACAAAGUAUCAUGGCAAGGAAAUAACUUCACACCAGGUUCUACAUGGACUUUUGGCGGUGGAUUGACCGACAACUAUUCGGAAUGUGGAACCAACUAGACUGUCCGUCGGCACCCUGGCGGUCAAUAUCCGCCGAACAAUUCUGGUUUAUGCAGAAGGUUCACUAGUAAUGCUCAUGGAGACGCACACGCGGAUGUUGCGCUUGCGCGUCACACACUGCACUGUGCUGGAUACUGCUUUGAAGUUGUGCCUUAGAUGAUCAAGACGUGAAACAAACUACACCAUAUUGCGCAUUACAUACAACCAUACGUCAUCAUCAAUCAUAUUGCGCUAUGAGAACAAGAACUACAGGGUAGCUACGCGAUUAAAGUCCUGUCAAAGUCAAU